GGGGAGAUAUAAAUCCCGGCGCCCCUAACUCGACAUCGCAACUAUACCAACAACCAUUAACAUCAUAUCCGCUCACAUGGACUACUUGAAAAAAAAGUUGAAUCGUCGCAACCAACAAGGACAACCACCCGCUUUCAGGAGCUUCGUGGAUGAUGGGAAGUUUGACCCAUUCGGAGACUUUAGUGUACAGUUCCCAUCUGCUGGAUUAUCUGCUCCCACACGAAAACCCCCACCAUCAAACGAUUCGAGCAUCGCUCCACCACCGACCUACGAUGAAUCCGCACUAACAGCCCCAGAACCUGCCGUCAGGCGUGGGACCUUCUCCGAUACCUCACCAACCGCCCAACAAUACGCGGGGCUCAAGAAAUUCGACACGGUCUUCCUCAUAGACGACAGCGGUUCUAUGGUUGGUUCAAAUUGGCGGCAAACCUCGUCGGCGUUAGCCGCUAUUGUGCCGAUCUGUACGGCACAAGACUCAGACGGUGUGGACAUCCACUUCCUAAAUCACGACAGGUCGCACACGAAUGUGCGUAGCGCAGAUCAAUUGCAGCGCAUCUUCGCCUCCGUAACCCCGCGGGGGAUCACACCUACCGGGCGGAGGCUCGGCUUCAUACUGGACGAAUACUUGAUGCGAUACAAAAGGAAUAGAAAUAUCAAGCCACUCAACGUCAUCGUUAUCACCGACGGAGAACCUACGGAUCCGGACAGGCUUGAGAAGAACAUUGUCAAGUGCGCGAGGGAACUAGACAAUGUGGGCGCAAAGGACCGGCAGGUCGGCGUUCAGUUUUUUCAGGUGGGGAACGACGAAGCGGCCACCGAGAGUUUGGAUGAGCUUGACAAUGCACUUGUGGAGGAGCACAGCGUUCGCGAUAUGGUUGAUACCGUUAGCUGGAAAAAGAUGAAUGAGGGGAAUGGGCUUACGGCUGAUGGCAUCCUGAAAGUUGUCAUGGGUGCUGUUGAUAAGCGCCUGGAUAGAAAGCGGCGCUAGUUGACUCAUUGUUUUGUUUUUUUGCUUUUUAUUUUUGCCCAAUGUCUUUUAUUGAUUCUACCACAUUGGCUGGCGACACUGGGGAUGGAGCGGAAUCGGGCGAAGUGUGGUCUGAUACGUGGGCCAAGUUCUUUUAGGGGGCAUAUACCUCAGCAGAGACAGUGCCCCGUGGCAGGCUGUGAGAACCUGACCCUAGGAAGCGACUUCUUCUGGAUCUAGUUCGCCUUUUGGGCCACAUCCUCUGCGCCAUUUCCGGUAUCUAGGUCCAUCGCUUUCUUAUUUUAUUUCUUUCUUUUAUCACUAUUUCUUUUGGUGGUGCUCCUAGGGAUAUCAGGAUAAUAAGCUCAGCGACCGUGGUACGCUCGCCAAAGUACGAGAACCACUGGCGCAAGGGCUGGGACUUUGUUUAGCUUCUUCUCGUUAAAUUUCCUAACCUUACUUAACUGGUGGACGACGUUGAAACCGAAACUGCUCAAUUUCGUUCCUGGUUAUCUUCCUGUAGUAUUUCCGAUCGAUCAAUCUAUGGUGGGAGAGUCCACAGCUAUGGGUGCAAACAGAUUUUCUCAAGGGGCAUAGCUCAUGGGCGGCUUUAAACCCUGCACAUCCUACUGGUGUUUUAAGAUUCUGACCCCUAAAAAGCCCGGCCCACCCAUUAAAAACGUGGUAGAAUUUCCACGAUCAUCAAUGGCAUAAGAUAGGGCUAUCAAUCGCGCUGGGUGACAAAGCAGCACGAGGGAGCAUAGGCGGUAACUGCAAGCAUUACCAUAAGCGAGCCUUGG